UCACCGUGUUUACCGUAAAUUUGUCAAAAUAUUUUCUCAAAUAAUGAGUGGUCUUGGUCCAGCUGCAUGCUGGCUUGCCCACAAACGUAUCGAAUCAUGGUCGCGCAUGGCCAAAGAACGUGUCGGUGCGGUACGUAAAGUUACAUUAGAUCGUAAUUCCGAAGAGGCGCCUUCAACAUCACAACAACAGCAACAACAACACCAAGCGAGUAGCAGCAGCAGUAACAGCAAUCACUCGACCACAAAUGCCAGCAGCAGCAGUUGCAUCGGCAGCAAUGCCAAUGCAACAUCGUCGCACACACCACCGCUAUCACAGCCAAUGACACCGCCGCCAUCGGCAUCAUCGAUAACCUCAAAUACGAGCGGAAUAUGCAGCGUAACGGAUAGUUAUGAACUGCACACGGAUUCGGAACAGGUGGGAAUUGCAAAAAAAAUUGGAAAUGAAUCGCAACACAUACAGCCACAAUCAAAUUUGGGUUCUUCGCAUACGGUCAAUGCCGAUGUAUUGCGUGGUCCAUCGGAGGCAUUGCACAGUCCAUUACAUUUGCAUCAUCAGUCGCGUUCCUUUCCGCCAAGACUGCAACGGACACCCUCGAUAUCUAGCCAAUCCAGUGUAGAUAGUGCACCAUCAAGGCAAUCGUGUCAUCGUGGUUCCUCGCCACAAAUUCGUACCUUUGGUCCAGAUGGCCGUAGUUCAUUGCCUUCGGAACCGAUAUUUCCCUAUUAUUUAUCCCGUACCCCCAGUCCAAUGCGCACAAUAUCUCUGGAUGCCCGUGCAGCCAGUCAGAUAGCAGCCGAAGUCGGCGAUUUACGCACACCAAGUCCUUCACAGAAUAGCUUAAACUCCUUGUCUAGCAUACCGAAUACUUCGAUGACUUCACCACAUGGCAGCAAACAUUCGGGACGUUGUAUUUCACCACUUCUCAUACCGCCACGAAUACAACCCAAUUCGGACCCCAAUAUUGGACCAGCUUCUCCAUUGGGCGCCAUACAACCUGAUCUCUAUCGUGGACCAGAUGGACCGAUAUAUUUGAAUGCCCCAGAGAACAGUCCAGCAUUGGGGCGUUUACAUUUGAGGGUUAAAUACGAUUAUCAUUUAUUUGAUUUGACCGUGCAUUUGAUUGAAGCUCACAAUUUGUGUCCCAUUGAAGAGGGUGGUUUUCGGGAUCCUUAUGUUCGUCUGUUGCUUGAACCUGAAGUCGAUAAACGCAAACGUCAAACUGUCAUCCAUCGCGGCGAAUCGAAUCCCUAUUUUGAUCAACAUUUCAAAUUUCCCGUAUCGCGAGACCAGUUGCAGGGCAAGGAGCUAAUUUUACAGGUUUUGGAUUAUGAUCGCUAUUCGCACAAUGACAUAAUUGGAGAGGUACGCAUAUGUAUCGAUAGUUUAGAUUUAUCAAAAUCGGUGGAGAUUUGGGGUGAUUUAUUACGCACAAAAAAACCACCAGAGGAUCGUCCUGAAUUACUUUGUUCUUUGAAUUAUUUACCACAAGCGGAGCGUUUAACUGUUGUCAUUAUGAAGGCGAAAAAUUUGGAUACCAUUCAGGAGACAUAUGUGAAGUUAUAUUUGAUUCAAAAUGGAAAGCGGGUAAAAAAACGUAAGACCAGUAUUAGCAAAACCGAUGACCCCACCCAUCCGACAUGGAAUGAACCUUUCACCUUUAAUUUACAGUCGUCAUAUUUACACAAUGCGGCCAUUGAGAUUUAUUUAGUUACAGCUGGUGGUGAGUCCCAGGAAAUCGGCAGCAUUGGUUUGGGACCACAAGAAAGUGGUACAGGGUGUCAACACUGGCAUGAUAUGAUUAAUAAUGCCCGAAAACCAACAGCUAUGUGGCAUUAUAUACGUUAAGGCUGAUAGCCAAACAGACACAUACACAGACAAAUCCUAUUACAACAAAUAAAUUGCACAAAUAAAAUAUGCCAUAGAAACGCAAACAGAAAAGAACAGCAACAAAAUAACAACAAAUAUAACAAGUAAUUUAUAUAGAAUUAAAUAUAUUUCCAAGGGAUAACAAAACAUAUAGAAUAUAUACACAUAUGUAUGUAUAGUACGAUAUAUAAAUAUGACGAUGCCAGCUGAAAUGGAAAGGAACUCAAGUUUCAUUUCGAGAAAAAGUCUUAGCAUGUCCGAAGAAAUAUUCUGUUUUUUCUUUUUUUCUGCUAUCCAUUGAAAAGCACUCAGAGGAGUUUUAUCUAUAGAAGACCUAUCAGAGGCCUUAGCGCUUUCAUUUCACAUCUCUGUAAAAGGCGAACACAGAUCUUCUACACAAAAAAGAUGCCUCUGAAAGUUUUUCCUUGAUUUAAGAUCUGCAAAAAAAUUUCUUUGCAUAGGAUUCUUGUCAGAAGUUUUCUUAGAGAAAAUCUGAGAUCUUCUAUCCAUAGAAUACGUGCCAGUGGCAUUUGAUGAAGUCUUCUCAAAGGUCUUGAAUCCAUAAAAAAGGUGCUUAUUUUCUGCCAGAGGUUAUCUAUCCAUAGAAUACCUGCCAGUGGCAUUUGACGAAGUCUUCUCAAAGGUCUUGAAUCCAUAAAAAAUUAGAGGUCUUUAUUUUCAAAGGUCUUAGAAGACUUCACUGACGGUCACUGAUAGGUCAUCUAUGGAUAGAUAACCUCUGGUAGAACUUCUAUUCAUAGAGAACUUCUAUUCAUAAAACACCUGUCAGAGAUCUUUUAACCAGGUCUUCUAUCCAGAGGAAACCACCCAGAGAAGUUGUAUCCAUAAAAUAUCCAUCAGAGUUCUUAAGCGCUCCAUCACAGAUCUUCUACACAAAAAAAAGUUGCCUCUGAGGGUCUUUUCUUCACCGAAGACCUUUAAAAGAUUUCCUUUACAUAGAUUUCUUGUCAGAAAUUUUCUUGACGGAAGUCCUGUCCGAGAUCUUCUGUCCAUACAAGUCCCAUUCAUUCUAUUCAUACAAUUCCUGCCAGUAACCUUUGAUGAAGUCUUUUCAGAGGUCUUAAAUACAUAAAAAAUCAGAGGUCUUUUAUCCUCAAAAGUCUUAGAAGACUUCAUUGAAGGCCACUGACAGGUCUUCUAUGGAUAGACAUCCUCUAGCAGUUCUGUAUAUAAAAGACCUAGGGUAGGUCUUGUCUGAAUAGAAGAUCUCGUGUAGGAAUUUCUUUAAGAUUACUUUUGACAAGAUUUAUAUUCCUGGAAAAUUUCUCAGAGGUCUUCUAUCCAUCGAACACUUUCCAGGAAUAUUUAACCGUAACCAACAAGUCUAGGAAGUCUUCGAUGUAUAUGAUUAUUCGAAAAGAAAGUUAUCCACUUUUGCAUUUUAGCUGGCACCUUCAACUUAGUUUAUAAUCUAAAAUAAUAACUAUUUACAAAGAGUCAUAUAACAACAGAAACUAUUAAAUAAAAUCAAAUUUAGUAUACAAGAACAACAACAACAACUAAACAACAAAAAUACCUUAAAAUCAAAGAACAACAACAAAACAAUGAAAACAGUUGUCGCACAAGGCAACUAUGAAAAUUGAAAUCAAAAUAGACAACAAUUGAAACGAAAACUGAUUUUGUUGUUAUUUUAUAACGAAAACAAAGACGAGAAAAAGCAACAACAAAAAAGAAUGAACAAAAAUGUUAACAAUAAAUGAAAUUUACUUUAAAAAUCCAAAAAAACCGAAAACAACAAAACAAAUACAUAUUUUUGUCUUUGACAGUUAGAAGAUCAUAGAAAAAUUACAACAGUCCACUUUAACAAAAAAAAAAAAACUAAAUAGAAAAAUUAAUUUUAAAUUUUAAUUACAAUUAAAUAUAACAAACACACACACCAGCACAUAAACAACUUUGACAGCAAUCUAAAUUAGGCCUGAGACAAUUCAAGAAUUUCCGCCUAAAACUAGGCAACAAUUUCACUUCUUAUAUUAAACGAUCAAUGAAAAGAAUAAAAUAUGAACUUUUCCAUGUGAAAUGGGAAAGUAAAAUUAUUUUCAGAAGCCAAAAUGCCAGACAUAGAACUACCAUAGUUUGAAAAACUCAUAGAGUUAAUCGAUCUUAAAGACAUAUCUCCGCCAUACAUAGGAAAACGUAGUAUUGUUUUGUAUGUAAAAGUCUUCUAAUUUUCUAUGGGAAACUUCCGCUUGCUAUUUUAUCAGAAGACUUAAAAAGUAGUGGUCUUUGAAUCGUACAACUUGGAAAAAGCAGUCAACACUCUAGCAGAAGCAUCAUCCUCACCUUCUUCUUUGUCAUCACUUCCUGUUUUAUCAUUAGUCCACUCAAUGACUUUGCGAACUCACUUGACACAUUGUCCUCGCAUUUCGGAGGGAACACUUAAGAAUUAUCUGUGGUUAGUUAUACAUACCCAGAACUA